CCCCGCCACAACUUCCUGCAUGUGCCGACAAUAUGGCAGCGCCCGUAGCUAUUCACCUGGAGUUUGGGGGUGGAGCAGAGCUGCUUUUCAAUGGUGUGAAGGAUCAUCAUGUGACCCUUCCAAGCCAACCUGAUCCUUGGGACGUGAAGCAGCUGCUGGUCUGGAUCCAACAGAACCUGCUGAAGGAACGGCCCGAGCUCUUUGUCCAGGGAGACUCCGUGAGACCUGGGAUUCUGGUGCUUAUCAAUGAUGCAGACUGGGAGCUAAUGGGGGAGCUGGAAUACCAACUACAAGACCAAGACAACGUUGUGUUUAUUUCUACUCUUCAUGGAGGGUAGAGGAAUACAAACAUCCCUAACAUCCCUGUAACAGCCUUUUCUCCAGUUCCUCUGCACCCCCCGCCCCACAUCUCAAUAACACGCCAGCCCAUUGGACGCUGGGGAUGUGUCGGUCUGCCUGCACCCUGAGGUCUGACCAUGAUGGAUGUUCGUCGCAGGAAUGAGUGGAAAUUCAAAGAUGGUCACUGAGAAAAAUGUCGAAAACUGUGACAUGGGCCUUCUGUUGACAUUUUAAUUUUAAAUUGGAUAGGUGUAAAGGGAAGUCACCUGAAGCUCUGGUUACCUGGCCUACUAUUGGUGCGAGUGUGAAUACCGACAGCUGAAGUGUAAACCUUCAUCUACCUACAUCCUCUCUUACAGUGUGACCGUGACUGAUAUAAAGACCUCAUCUUCCAUGACCAAGUCUAUGACAAAAUAAAGCGCUUUGUUUUAACCCCCACUAAUAAGCAUUUGUUAGCAGUAUAUAAAGUGUGUGGUACUGUAAGCCGAUAUAAGGACAUCUUAUGUGGUAAAUAAUGUAUUCAUCAACUAUCAUGUCUUAUCCUAUAAAGACAUAUUUAUCAGUUUUUUACUAAAGAUUACAGGUAAUGACAAA